AUGUCGCUUAAAGACGAAACCCAGCCAUUGUUACAAAAGGAUGGGGAGGAGGAGGCGGAUAGGCGGUUUAAAUUGGCCCAUCCUGAACGACUGAGCUAUUUGGAGAGGAAGCGGCGGAUCAAAGGGCUUAAAGCGGUAUAGAUUUUUGGAAUUUUUUUUGUUUUUUAAAUUGUGUUAUGCUUCUGAUUAGCCUUACGAUUCAAUUUAGAUUGAUGUUAAGUUCAUAUUCAGACUAUAAGUUACUUUUAAGUUUGUACUUAAGCUUAUGCUUAGACUUACAUUUAAACUUAUUUUUAGAUCUAGGUAUGGGAAUAAUUUUCUAAUAAAGCAUUGAUUUACAAAAGCUCAGGUUUUAGUUUUUGCCCAAACUUAUUAGAUUUAGGCUUGGACGUAGUCUUAAGCGUAGUGUUAGACUUAGGCUUAUUCGUAGACUGAAGGUUAAGCUUUGGUUAAGACUUAAGCUUAAGAUGAAGCAUAAGCUUGUUUUUGAGCUUGGACAUGAGUUUAAGUUUAGGCGUAGGCUUAAGGUAAAGCUUCGGCUUAGUUUGAAGCUACGUGUGAGCUUAGAUUUAGACUUAAGCUAAACAUUACGGUUUUGAUUAGACUUAACUUUAGGCUUAUAAUUAAUUUUUAAGUUUAGACAUCAGCGUUGGUGUUCAUUUAGGCUUAAACUAAAGCUAACAUUUAGAUUUAAGAUUAAGUUUAAAGUUAUAUUCUUCCUUCAUCUUACGUUUAAGCGUAGUAUGUUUAGGCUUACGCUUUAGACAAAACUUUUAUUUAAGUUACGGUUUUUUUGUAGUUUUUAAAUUCGUAUUUUUAAAAAUUUAAUUUUAAUUGGCCUUGUUUUAAGUUCUACGAACGUCAAGACCGACUAAACCAGUUGUUUAAAGAAGAUGUAGAGAAUCUUCGGCCAGAUAAUGCUGAACGACGAUGUGAAGAAGCUCACGCUGAAUACAGUCGAAAUUUGGUUUGGGACAGGCGAUUCGCUUCAGUUAUUUUUGUCAUGAACUUGCUGAUUUUGGGUGGAAAUUUGACUGCUGCUUUCUUGUCCGGCUCUUAUUCUGUUAUCAGGUAAGCUUUUAGACUUUUUUAGUAUUGUACUGUGCUAUUUAGUACUAUUUUCAAAUUUUUUUAUGGUACUAUACAGUAUUACACUUCUAGUGCCAUACGGUGCUAUAUAGUAUUAAAAUUUUACUUUGAAUUAUUAGUACACAUUAUAGUGUUAUAUAGUACUAAGCUUUUGUACCACCUUAAAGAACUACUCUUACAGUGUAUGUUGGUACUAAAUACAUAGUACUACAGCUUUUAAAAAGUUUAAUACUAGAUAGUACUUUAAAUAGCACUAAAAUAUAAACCUAAACCCAUAUUUUAGUGCCUUUGUCGACUCAAGUAUGGAUAUAGUAAGCAGUGUGAUUGUAUUCAUCACAGUGUACUUGAUUACCCACACAAACUCCUUCAACUAUCCGAGAGGGCGACAAAGACUAGAGCUGUUAGCUGUGAUAAGUUGCUCGAUCUUUAUGGGCGUAGCUAACAUCAUGAUGAUUAUUCAGUCUGUCGAGGCUAUUGUCAUGGGAUCGGUAAGUGUUGUAUUGUAACUUAGCAUGGGCUGGGUAAUGAUUGUAACUUAAAAUGAGAUCAGGAGAGAGGGGGGGGGGUAGGGCAAAACUAGAAAAAACCUUCUUGAAAGUUACUGUACUUGUACUUACAAAUAAAAACUUUAGGUAAGUCCGGACGCUAACCUACCAACCCUGGCCAUUAUGGGCUCUGCCAUACUGAUCAAGUCAAUAGUGAUGGUUGUAUGCUACAGUCAUGAUACUACAAAUUCCAAAGUUUUAGCAUUAGAUCAGCGAAACGACAUCAUUACAAGUGUUGUCGCUGUGUCUGGAGCCGUAGUUGGCGACUUUUACUGGCCUUAUGCAGAUCCUAUUGGUGCUAUUUUGGUUUGGUAAGCGAUGUUAUUGAAGUUCAUACAGCAAAGCAAGGCAACUUAAGGCUAGGCCAAGGCAAGGCCAGGGCAAGGCCAGGGCAAGGCCAGGGCAAGGCCAGGGCAAGGCCAGGGCAAGGCCAGGGCAAGGCCAGGGCAAGGCCAGGGCAAGGCCAGGGCAAGGCCAGGGCAAGGCCAGGGCAAGGCCAGGGCAAGGCCAGGGCAAGGCCAGAGCAAGGCAAGGGCAAGGCCAGGGCAAUUAUCUUGUUAUUUUAUAGCUAUGACAAAUUCAAAACGCAUACAAAAAUUUAUGAUAAGACAAUAAUUGUAUAUUAUUUCCUGUUACAAUAGUUUUUACGGCCACACAAUCUUCUGUUCCGGCUAUAAAAACGAAGAUUUUACUGCUAUCUUUGUGUAUGAUAUACCAUAUAAUCGUAAAAACAUACGAUUGGGCUAGGGUACUCGCACUGAACAUUCCUCUCAACACAUCCAUAAAAUUUGUCAAAUUGGGUUUCAGUAAAGUUACCUAUAGCAUUUUUUAUGACACAUUAUAAUUUUAUAUAAAAACUAAAAAACAAUAAUCAAUACCACUACGUAAAUAUUCUAAUAUGGUACGUAGUAUAUUUUACGACAUCCUCGUCACUUCUAUGCUUGAUAUUAAUAAAACUAAAACUACGCCUUCAAAAAUGACUUUUCUUUUUUUUACCCCAAUGCCGACAGGAAAAGCCAUUUUCAGUCGUAAAAUUAUUGAAAUUCGUACAAGCCAUUAGAAGGAUCUUAACUCUUCUUCCAAGUCCUUCUAAUGGCUAAUACCUUCCGAACUGUAAGAUUAUAUAUUUUCGUAUAUAUUUAGAUGUAAAUUUGUUUUUCAAAACGGUAUGAGUCGUAAAAGACGUGAAAUUUUAAAAGUUGUAAAACUACAUAAAAUAAUAUUUUUAAUUUUUUUUUGUUUUUAGCCAACAAAAGCAUGACUUUUCGUACAAAAAACAGCCUACAAUCAGUCUAAAAACUGGUUUUUUUUAAAAAAACAAUCAAUUUUAGUAAAUUUAGUAAACAGCCAGUUUACGUUGACAGUAUUAGACGUACUUAACGGUACUUUAGGAAUCUUUUUUGUAUUGCUUUUGUGUAAAGCAGCCAAAUACGAAAAUUUUUAUUUGCGUUUUCUUGCCUUGCCCUGGCCUUGUCCUGGCCUUGCCCUGGCCUUGCCCUGGCCUUGCCCUGGCCUUGCCCUGGCCUUGCCCUGGCCUUGCCCUGGCCUUGCCCUGGCCUUGCCCUGGCCUUGCCCUGGCCUUGCCCUAUCUAGGCCUUUUUAUGCCACGAAAUGCUCUGUUCUGUCUUUGCCGUUUUUUUGUUUUGCCCUAGCCUUGAAGUAGGCUAGCUCUAGACUUGCCUUAAAAAAUGUCUUUGAUAUCUAAAAUUUCAAGAUUUGACCUUAAAAGUUUUAGCACAUUCAUUGCGAUUUCCUGGUUUUCCAACGCAUUCGAGCAAAUCCCAAUGGUAGUUGGUAAAAGAGCUGAACAAGAGCAUAUUAGUCGAAUUCUUCAAAUUUCAAUAUCUCAUGAUCCACGUAUCAAGUGCCUGGAUCACAUUAUGUGUUAUCAUAUUGGAGAGAAGGCAUUGGUAGAGUUACAUGUUGUACUUGACGAAAACUUGCCAUUAAAAGAGACUCAUGACAUUUGUGAAGGUCUGCAAGACAAGCUUAAUGGACUGGAGUUUGUGGAGCGAACCUUUAUACAUGUUGACUAUUUCUGUGAUGGGUGUCAUGAUGGCAUUUAA